AACAGACAGUAACCAGACGGCUGAUCGGUUUCCAUGCGCGUGCGAUGCAUGUGCGGUAUUGGAUCUCGGGUUCGCGACUCGCGUUAGUGUUGCCGUGGUGACAAGUAUUUUUUUAACAUUUGUGAGACGGGUGAGGAAAGGAGAUGACAAGCCUCAGUCCCGUAGCGUAUGAUGUGCACGGUGGGGACUUCAGUGCACGAGCAGUGGCCCAGCGGGCCAAAAGUCCAGGCUGGAACAGAGAACUGAUGAUGGCCAAGGAAGCACGGACGCCCUGUUUCCUUUACAGGGAGGCCUGGUCGACCCAACAGUUCCUGAAAACCAAAGUUGGUCCCGGAACGUAUGAGAGCACAGACUUCAUCAAGGAGCUAGCCAGGAAGCCAGGUAGUGCCCGGGGCGUUUGUGCCAGUCUGGACAGCAGGUUCCGGGAGGUACAGAGUUGUACCCCAGGUCCCGGGAACUAUGGGCAAGGGGGGGUCCCGGGGGCAGCUCUGGAGGCCAUGUCUGCACGGUCAGCCGGGGGCGUUCUGAUGAAACACAGUUCUGGAUGGAAGCGCUGCUCUGAGGAGACCAAAUACUGUGGGCCGAGUCCCUGCACGUACGUGUUGAAGAGCAGUGUUGACAUCCUGCUGGGCAAGCGUACCGGCGUUAGAGGACCGUACGAUCUGUUCACCGGACAGCGAGACGCACCGGUAGCGGCUGGCUUCUUUGCUGUGCCGAAGCAUGCAGUGGGGGCCGCCUCCACCGAGCGUGACUUGGAGGGUUUCUGCGAUGCGUUGAACCGUCCAGAGAGGAGAAAGCACGGCGUGUUCAGCUCAGUGGCGCGUCACCCGUCUGUGCCCUCGGAGCGGAUAUACCACAGCACCCUGGCCCAGUGGCCCCGCGCCACGGGAUUACCGGGACCUGGGUACUAUGAAGUGGGGUAUCCGGGACGUCCGCUGAAUCACAAACCACCUCCCUUCUUCUCGUCCUCGCCACGACGCUCUAAGCAGCAGGAAAGGCCGCUGACGGGAUGCGAUAGUGGUGUUGGUCCCGGAGGUUACAACUUGGACUUUAAAGAGGGGAAGAGAUUUAGAAGCCCCACGUCUGCUUUCAAAUCAUCCACACCGAGAUUCCCCUCUCAGCCCCUCAGGGCCAGACACACGCAAGAGAAGCUACGGCCGGGGAAUCCUCCUUAAAUGUAUUGAAGUACAUUUAAGGUUUCUUUAAUUAUUUUAUUCCAAAAUAAUUAAGAAUGUCAUCCAGGAGAAGGCUAUUUAUUGUAAAAUGUGAAUUUAUUAAAAGCUUGAAUCGAAA